GUCACAGCUUGCUAGCUACUUUGCAAAUAAACUUCCUCAUACAGCAAUUACUUUUUUGUGUCUGACUUCCUCUCUUAGCUUUGCAUUCACUUCCUUCACUGUGUGCAACUCCUCCUGGCUUACUGUUCCGAGACAUUUGAGGAGAUCCUUUUAGUCCGUGAUCCGAGGCAAGUAGCGCGGUCCUUGGAACAAGAUUAUGUUUGGUUGCUGACACAGAGAAGAGGCCAGCAUGCAGAGCAUUAAGUGUGUGGUGGUGGGGGACGGAGCAGUGGGGAAGACCUGCCUCCUCAUUUCCUACACGACCAACGCCUUCCCCAAAGAGUACAUCCCCACCGUCUUCGACAACUACAGCGCCCAGGUGACCGUGGACACCCGGACAGUCAGCCUAAACCUGUGGGACACGGCGGGCCAGGAGGAGUACGAUCGCCUGCGCACGCUGUCCUACCCGCAGACCAACGUCUUCGUCAUCUGCUUCUCCAUCGCCAGCCCGCCCUCCUACGAGAACGUCAAGCACAAGUGGCACCCGGAGGUGACCCACCACUGCCCCAGCGUGCCCAUCCUGCUGGUGGGCACCAAGAAGGACCUGCGGGCCGACCCGGAGGUGCUGAAGAAGCUGAAGGAGCAGAACCAGACCACCAUCACCCAGCAGCAGGGGGCGGCGCUGGCGAGGCAGAUCCACGCCAUCAAGUACCUGGAGUGCUCCGCCCUCAACCAGGACGGCAUCAAGGAGGUGUUCUCUGAGGCCGUGAAGGCGUUCCUCAACCCCCAGCCCGCCCCUGGCAAAAAGCCUUGCGUGCUUUUGUAGGGAGAGAUUGUUAAUACAGUCAUAGAAUACAAUUGAAUUUUAAAAAAAUACAAAAAUAUAUACGGUGUAAUUAAAGUUUUGUUUGAAUGGAAAACACGGAGGGAUUUUUUUUUUUUUUUUUUUUUCCCCAAUUUCGCAUGACGAUGCUCCCAGGCGAUGAUGUAUUCGUGGGCCCCUAUUGGUUGGAAUGGGAUUUUUGUUCCUCUUCUUCUGUCCGCGGUGGAUGAUGUGGGGGACGGUCUUUGGCCGUGGGGAUACCGUGAAGAGUCUGGGAGCUCGAGUCCCUCAGGUGGCCUACAGUGUGAUAAUGAAGUGCAGCUCUUAUCCCUUCCCCAAAAUGAGAAAUUCAGGCAUCCAUUCCAUUAUUUUUUUUUUAAAUUUUCUGUCAGCGCGUCUCUGCUUUCUCCUAGCAUGUCUUCACUGCCGUACUGAAGGGAAGACUAUAACAGGCCCCCUGUCACAGGCGAACCCUGCCUCCGGGCUAGCUCUGGGAGGGAAGGCUGUUGUGUGCGCAGGUGAAUCCCUUUUACCCGACGGUGAAGGAUGGAAGACAGUCCCCAUCGGUCUCAGCCAAAGCUCGGCUCUGCUUCUCAGUCCAAAGGGGGAGAAAUCUCGCUCCGCUCAAGGCCGACAGGGCCAUAAAAUCCAGAGACCGUGCUUCGUGCCCCUGGCCAGUUGCCCCAAAUGGCUUCCGUGGUCGGGGUGUUGUGACACUUUGCCCCCCCCCACUUAGUUAUCCUGCACGUGAAGCUCCUUCUGUCCUCUGGCUGUCCAAAUCGCACACAGGCAAUUCCCUUCUGGAGCUUUCCGCUGACCUGCCUCAGCUGUAGGUCAGGUGUACCUGAGGUGAGCCAGAGGCAGUUUCACGCUACGCUGGCUAACCUCAGAUACGCGAGUAGCUUAACCCCAAGCCCAGACAUGUCAGACAGGUGUAGGCGUGUGGAUCCGGGGAGGCCAUGACAUGUCACAGUCAGAAAGGGAAUUUCGCCAUGGUUACCGGUGGCUAAGCAGCGAGCACCUUCUUGCUCAUGCUGUCAGUUCAGUCCUGUGAAAAAGACAUUUUACCUCACCCCCGCCUCCUCUGUGGCAGAUGUGUGUGUUAUCAGCUUUCGGUUACAGCAGGGGUGUCAAACUCCAGUGCUGGGGGGCCAAAGUGUUAAGAGAGAAAGCGUUGAGAAAGGGUCAGAGGAAAGUACUGUACCCCUGAUCGAUAUAAAUUACCAUUAAGAUAAAAAAAGACCAGUGAUCGUUUCUCUUUUCGUCAAGGUUCAUACAGAGUAAAGUGUUCAACUCUUACAGUUGAAUUAUCACCGGACAUUUUACUGUGUAUACACCACCUGAAUGUUCUCCAAGUAGCCAAUGACUAGAAUUGCAUAAACCCAUUUCAAAAAAAUGUUUCUAUUAUGAUAAAACCAUUACUGCUACCCAUCAGUAACCUGAGAUUAAAAUAACGAAUGGGGCAAAUAAAAAGUAAUAAAUCAACUUUUAAUGGUUUAAUUUACACACUUUAAGAUUCACUGUUUUAAUAAUUUGUCAUUCACAAUUAAAUGUAAUGUUUACAGUUAAGUACAGUUACUCAUUCUUGCCUAAAGUGGUACACAGACAAUCCAAAAGCCAAAACUGCUUCCCAUCUGUUUACGAGCUGGUUACAGAAGAAGUCAAAAUUAAUAAGCAGUAAUGCAUGCACAUUUUUUAUGGAGAGAGGCUGUACAUACACUCUAACAGAAACUGUGAGGCACAAUUAGGAACGGAACAAGACACCUCUUGAACUGGUUCCAACAACCACAUGAAAAGUUACUCCUUAUCUCUGCUGUAAACAUAGCACGUGUCGCUAUUCUUGUUGAUAGAAUGGUUUUGACAAUAUGUUCAAUUUGUGAGGGUACCACAAUGACAUUUUCACGAGUCAUAACAUCACCAAACGAUCACACUCCAGGUUUUACGUUGUCAUUAUACAUUUUGUGGGCCAGUUUUGCAGGCGCAGAUUAGGCUGAGCCUCGUCCUAGGCUAAGUUCAUUUUCGAAUCGAGAUUCUCCGCACAAAACUCGAUGUAGUCCAGGACUGAACUUUAAUCCGUCUGUGGAAAAAAGGGCCUUUAGGUUGCGCCAGGCUGCGUGCUCUGGUUGGGUCAGUGUGUGUAAUAUUAAACCGACGCGCUGAGGUUUCGUGUGCGCGGAAGGGACUUCCACGUUGUACGCGUUACGCGGGUUUCUCCUGUCAUUGACUCCUGCAAUACCGAGUGCGGUCAACACACCUUUCUCUGUGAAAAGUUUCUGUACGAGAAAGCAGUUCCUUUCCCCGACUUCCUCAGGACAAAGAGAUUGCUAGAUCUUGCACAAAACUUUCUCAAUUCCCGCAACUGGUGAUUCCACACAGUGCUAAAAUGAAACGGUUGACUACCAUUUCAAAUCUAGGAAACUUAUUGACGGGGGUGUUGCAAUUGAAUGCAAAUAUUCUAUAAUUGUACCUUGAAGUGUUUGGAUAGCACCAGAGAUUUUAAUGGCUUGGGCUGAAGCUGGAAAUUGAUCUACCUGUUUUAAGAUAUUUAAGAAUACAAUUCAAUGUGUUAAAAAUGUGCCUUUCUGUCACAGAUAAUCUCAGUAUUCUAACUUGAUAAUAUACUCCAGUGAGGUAUGCCAGUGGGUAUCAGCAGUGAUACUGGGGUGGUAUCUUCAAAGUGCUACAACUAAAAACCUGCAUUCAACAGUAAUCGUCCAGCUAUUCAAUUGCUAAUGCACAACACUGUAGAAACUGUCUGAGCAGUGUGCUUUAAGGAUGUCUGCGAAACGGAUGAAGUUAAUGUUAUGAGUGAUGUGCCACAAACAGCAUCCAUUAACGUAACUGAACACCCUAAUGCUUCCCGCCCACGGAAUGGUCACCGAGGGGAUAGAAACAGAGGCACAGUUUAUCUUCAUGUCUUUAAACCUUUGGGCCAUGACUGCCUUGACUUUAGUGUCAGAAUGAGCAGAGCACUGAACUGAACUCGCUCCAGUCUGGAGCCAUUUUGAACGCACCCGCCAACUCUGCUGCUACGCAUUUCACUUGAUGAAGAAUCGUCUCCUUCUUCUUCCAUCGCGUUUCCCUUUGAAAUGUGCUAUAACAGUUACUAUGACAAGAAGGCGGUCUGAGAUAUCUGAGAAAUCUGAGAACAACAUUGCCCUGAGAGUUGAACUGAUGGUCUGUAACAUCAGAUGUAGAACAAUAGUGGCAUUUUAACCACUGGAGAUGCAGAAGAGUACUUGAGUAUGAUGUGCCAUUGGUAGGGAAUACUUAUAUUGCAGUUUGCAGCUCCUGUUAUCAGGACAUUUCCAAAUCUCCAAAUCUUCUUUUCUAAUAUUCAUUUUCUAUGCUUGAA